AUGUCGAAAUAGGCACCUUUAUAAUCUGACCCAGAUUCAUUAGUGUACUUAGUUAUCGAGUUUAUUAUAGCGAGGCGUACGAGUAAUUGCAAUGCAAAAUGUCACAUAAUGACUAUGAUGUAGUAGAUCAAAUUGGAUAGAUUUGUUAAAGUGUUAUGUGGGGAGAUAAGAACAAUGACACAUUUUUUGAGUAAGCAUCCAUCUAAAAACAAUCUAGUUACUUUUGCGAUCAGAAAACUAUGUCAUUGUACUUAGAUUUGGUGCAUACUGGGUAAAGGGAAGUUGUAGUGGCAGUAAUUAAAGCAAUUACGAUGCUAUUGCAAAAUAUAUAAAGACCAGUUAGCAUAAAUUAUAUAUUAAGUCACAGUGCAUUGAAUGGCAUAAUCAUAGCAGAUUACAACUUUAGGGAUGAUGAAAUCAUAGCUUAUUACAUAAAUUUGUUAAAAUGUGUUUCAAUCAGGAUUGACGAGCAGAGUUUGCAAUUGUUCUAUAAUUUGGUAUGUAAUUCCAAUCUCCAUAGAAAUUUAGCACAUUUCCAAUGUUAAUGAAGGCCAUCUGUUUCUACAAACAUAAGGAAAACUUAAUUAGAACUAGUGUGAGAAACAUAGUUUUAGGAAUCACCAAAAUAAACCUACCACCAUUGCGUAGAUACGUGAGUUCGUUCCCUUUCACUAUGUUUUACGUCCAAUUCAGUUGUUACAUGAGAGAUGCUCUCUUUUAUAUUGGCGGUCUCAUUCAGGAGGGGAGACAAGAGUCACACAAGAUAAUCAAGUUGUUAUUGGAUGAUUAAUUGGACAUAUUGUACUUUUUGGAGGACCUUCUAAAAACUAAUGUGGAUGCUUUGCCAAUCAUUGUGAAUUCAAUAAUGGUCUAUGGAUUUGUUCCAACUAUAAUAAUGGGAGUUAUUAAGAGUGGUUAGCAAUCCAUUAAAUUCAAUCAGUAGCCAUAGAGAUAAUCAAUGAAUCAUCAGUAAUCUCAAAAGUACCAACACAAUCGUGGACAAUCAUUAGGUAAUUUCACAUUUACUAACAUAUUUUCAUCAUUGCAAUAAACAAACAACUAAUAAUAAUAAUAGGUUAUUGAUAUUAAGUUUUGUCUUUUCAUUUUAAUCCAAAUCUACAAGAGUUUUAGUUUCAGCUAGUUUUUGGAUUUGUUAACUCUAUUCAUACUGGGAAAGGAUCCAGAGAUCGUUGAUUUCAUAACUUAAUUAAGUACAAGUUCACAUUAAUGUUAGAUUCUAAUUCCAAGUUAAAUUCAUAUGAAAAGGAUGUAAGCAUGAGUGAGACUUGGGUAAUAAAGGAGAAAACAUUCAUUCAGGCAUAUUCUUAAUUCAUUUACAAAGAUUGUGAAAUAAGUGAAGAUACCAAUAUAAAUGACAAAGAGGAUUUGUUGAAAGGGGUUUCAUCAUACUAAACCUAAUCAGUAAAGAGAGAAUGUAUAGUUAUAUGAUUAUAUUAAAAAGUGAAUUGUGAACACUUUAAAUCAUUAAUAAAUGAUUCUAAAAGGUAUGAGGAUCUACUGAGUAUUACUGACAUGUGUGAUAUAACGAUAGUAAAAUCAUAAAAUAAGAGUAAAAAAUCUGCUUUGAGUUUCUUGGAGAGGAAUGAAUAAAAUAAAGUAACUGGGAAUACAAUCAAUACUAAAACACCCUUUUAUGCUUUGAUGAAACAUUUAGAAAGUAAUGAUGACACUGUUGUAUUUAUGGUGUUGAUAUUCAUAAAGACUCUGAGACACUCAAAGAAUAUUUCUCAUUCUGUUUUAGAAUAGGUGGGCAUGAUUACUCCAGAUAAAAACAUAGAAUUGUAUAGAAAUUGCUCCGAAACUUCCUUUUUUAUGCAAGACAAACUGUUGGGUAUUUUGUAAACUGGAUUACCACCUUUUAGAUUAGGAACCUACAUCUUAUCAAUUUAAAUGUUAAUUGACUUUUGCAGAACAGAUCUUGAGAGUUACGAUCUACGCUACAAAGAUAGAUUUAAAGAAAUUGUGCUAUCUCAUAUACAUAAGAUUAAUGAAUACAUUAAAAACCCAUUAGAAGCUCAUUAUGUUAUUGAAUUCUUCUAUAACGAAUAUAAAGUCCUAAAGUAACACUAGUUAUUUAUCAUUAUAGCAAGACAUCUAUAUCCAUCUGGCCAUAGACACAUAUAUAAUUGUUGUAUGAAAUGACUCCAAAAGGAGUAUGCCAAAUUGAUAUCAAACAUAACGAGAGUGUUUAUUUUAUGGAGCCUGCAAAUCAAUAGGACAAGGUUAGGAAAGACAUGAUGAUUUUGUUGAUUUUGAAAUACACAGCAUCAGUUCUAAUUGGAUUUGAGGAAGAAGAGCAAAAAAUACUUGAUAAUCCAAAACCAUUUGGAGAUGGUCCUACUUUGAAAUACUAGCCAGGAAAUGUCUAUAAUUUGUAAGAAGAAUAAUAUUGUUAAUUUGCUUAACAUCAGUGCAAAUAUCAAAACAUUGAUUGUUGCAUUCUGGAGGAUUCUCAAAAUUUAGUAUUGUUGGACUUGACACAAGGUUAGAGUGCAGCUAAAUGCAUUUUUUCAUACAGUUUGAAGUAUACGGAUGAAAUGGUAGAGAGACUCAAUUUAAAAAUGCUUCAUGUGACCUAUAGAUUUGAGAAUUAAAAUACUGUUUUUGAUUUGGAAUUCCAAAAUAAAUAAUAUUGUUCAGCAGCAAAAAAGAUGACAGAACAAAAGAAAGCAGCUUAGAGAAAGGAAGAGUUGGAUACUGUCACAACAUUUCUAUAGGCACUUACAAAAUCGUUGAAUUAUAAUAAAUGA